CUCAACAUACCUCCAGUGUCUUUGUUUGGCCGCUGUUCUCGCGCUCGGAUCUUUUUGUCCUCACUCGGCCGCCGUACGGUACUCUCCUCUGAUUGGUCCAUGUCGAGUACAAUCGUUUCGAUAACGUCCAUCGGAUCAACGUCAAGAUGAGUCUGAGAAAACAGACGCCGAGCGACUUCCUGAAGCAGAUCAUCGGGAGACCCGUGGUCGUCAAACUGAACUCCGGCGUCGACUACAGAGGUGUCCUGGCCUGCCUGGACGGUUACAUGAACAUCGCCAUCGAGCAGACGGAGGAGUAUGUCAAUGGGCAGCUCAAGAACAAGUAUGGAGAUGCUUUUCUAAGAGGAAACAAUGUUCUGUACAUCAGCACCCAGAAGAGGAAAGUGUAGUGGAGAAGAUUUUGUGUUUUCCUUUUUAUUUUCCAGUAUUUGAUGCAUCAGUAGACAACCAGUCCUGUGUUCUUAUGGUUUUGGUUCUGUAAAGCCUAAGGUCCUGAAGAAUGUUUGUUUUUGUAAAAUGGAAUAUGUUAAUAAAUCCUGAGUUUUGAUCUA